AUGGACGAAGUACGAGCGUUUUUGAACAAUCCCAUGCCAUCCAGAUCCCAAGUAAUUAAACUUCGCGGACCACUUACCGGUGGUUUUCGUAUUACAUACAAUGAUGAAAUUAAUGAGUUAAAUCGUAAAGAAGAGCAUCGUAGUUCGAAUUUGCCUCGUGGUUUGGAAUAUACUCAAGAAGUCAAGAAGAGGGAAACUGACUUGUACUUGCGGAAUGAACGAGAAAGAGAACAGUAUGAGAGUAUAGCUGGUGGUCUGGAGUCUCUUGAACACUUGUCAUCAUUUGGUGCGUCAACACAGAAUAUUGGACAACUAACAGAAGAAGCUAUGACGGAAGUGUAUAACAAAUACUCAUUCCAAAUAAAGGAAGACACAAACAAAUUAGCUAUCAAUGAAUUCAAACAGCAGAUUAUAAAUAGAAUUCAAGGCUUCCCAGUUGUAAUUGUAGAAGGUCCAACUGGAUGUGGUAAAACAACACAAGUUCCCCAAUGGAUCCUAGAUGACUGCUAUCAAUCUCGACGACCAUGUAAAAUAGUAGUUACUCAGCCGAGAAGAAUUGCAGCUAUAUCAAUAGCUAAAAGAGUUGCUCAAGAGAGGGGAUGGGAUGUUGGUGGGCUAGUUGGAUAUCAGGUUGGACUAGAUGCCAAAGUUUCAAACGACACACGGAUUCAAUAUGUUACUACAGGUGUAUUAUUACAGAAAUUAGUGACAUCAAAGACAAUGAAUGAGUAUACACAUGUGAUCCUCGACGAGGUUCACGAAAGAGGUCAAGAGAUGGACUUUCUACUUCUUGUUGUGAAAAAAUUGCUUUAUACGGUCUCUCCCGCAGUCAAGGUUGUUCUUAUGUCCGCUACGUUCAAUAUAAAGGCGUUUGCAGACUACUUCAUGAUACCAACACCAAGAGGAUUGCAGAUGUCUUCAUGUGUUAAAGUUGAAAAAAAGGGUGCAAUGUUUACUGUGAAAAAAUUUUACUUGAAUCAUCUAAAUAAGUUUGGUUCGAUAUUGCAACAAUCCACACCAAAAGGCGAUGAACCUUACAUCGCGCCAGAAAUGCAUCACCUUGUAAUAAAGCUACUGAAUGCUUUUGAACAUAUUGACAAGCACGAGGAUAACUACGCGGACAGAGAUGAUGCCGACCUACCCUCGGUACUAAUAUUCUUGCCUGGUAUACAUGAGAUCGAAGAUUUAUAUGCUUGUCUAACAGAUCACGCAUUGCGCGAAAAAGUUGUUGACGCUCAAUGCGCUUCAUAUAAAUGGUGGGUCCUUCCUCUCCAUUCUACCAUCACGGCCGAUGAGCAAGUACGUGUAUUCCAAAGGGCGCCACCCGGACACAGAAAAAUUAUUCUCGCCACUAACAUAGCUGAAAGUUCUAUUACUGUACCUGAUAUUAAAUACGUAAUCGACUACUGCCUCAUGAAGAUAUUAGUGGCUGAUCCAGAAACCAACUUCAGCUCGCUACGAUUGGCCUGGGCAACGAAGACUAACUGCGAGCAGCGUGCUGGGCGAGCUGGCCGAGUGCGGGACGGACGAGUGUACAGGCUCGUGACUGAUAAGUUUUAUGAAAAUUUUAGUCAAGAAUGCGAGCCAGAGAUAAAGCGAUGUCCCCUAGAGCGAUUGGUACUUCUCGCUAAGAUGCUGGACAUGGGCUCUCCGAGUGACAUCCUCGCCUUAGCCAUGAAUCCGCCAGACCUGACUAAUAUUUAUCGUACAAUACUAGUUCUAAAAGAGUUGGGUGCUCUAAAGAAGACCGUAGACGACGAAUGGGAUGCAACAGACGGUGAACUUACGUAUUUGGGCCGCGUCAGUGCAAAGUUGCCCGUUGAUGUCAAACUAUCCAAACUGAUAAUGUUGGGACACAUUUACGGAUGUUUGGAAGAAGCUGUAAUCAUGGCUGCUGCUAUGUCAGUGAAAAAUGUCUUUAGUAGUCCAUUCCGUGAGAGACUGAACGCUUACAAUUCGAAAUUAACGUGGGCUGAUGGUUCGACAAGUGACUGUAUUGCCUUCCUUAAUGUAUACAAGGUGUGGAACCAUCUCCGCCAACAACAACACUUUCGCGGAGCCAAACAGCAGGAGAACGAGUGGGCGCGCCGGUUCUACGUGCAAGCGCGAGCGCUACGAGAGCUGGACGAAAUGGUGCGCGACCUCAACCGGCGGCUGAGUUCGCUCGGGAUAGAGGCGCCCGAGGGGAGGUCCGCGUGGAGCAAGAACGAACUACCUCUCAUAUACAAGAUAUUGUUAGCGGGCGCGUUCUACCCGCAGUACUUUGUGCAGGUGUCUGAAGAUGAGUCGCGAGAACGUGACGCUGUCCGCACUCUUGGCGGGCUCGACCCUAGGAACACAGUAUACCUAAGGAAUUUCCCUGAAAACCAACCAGGUGAAAUUUACUCAGCGGUUAUCAAGAGAGCUAUCUUCAAACAAAUAUCUAACGAGCCUCACGUCACUUUUGACAAAAACAGCUGCAAAGUAUAUUUAACAUUCAAAGAUGGCAUGGAUUCAAAGCCUGGGCAGCAGAAUAGUGGAGAUCCAACUAUCCCUGGCCAAGUAGUUCUUCCUGUAUACAAAGCGGUCAAAGCGCGCCAAUUGCGUAUCGAUAUACGUAUACCCAUAUUGCCUGUGGAGAAAGCCAAAACAUUAGCAGCGGCUUUGGAAAUGGAAAAAAUGUCUUUGGAUCUGAAGAGAAUGGUACCUCGCCUGCCGGAAAUCGAUGAUACCCAUUUUCCACUUACUAUUUCACAGCUGGUGAAUGUCAGCAAAUUUUGGGUGCAAUAUGCAGAUGAGAGCACGGCUCUAGAACUGAAAAACAUUCUACGUGAGUUGAACGCCAAACCCCUCGUCGCGUACACGGGGGACGUUACAAAGGGGUUAUUGGCCGCCGCACCCUAUACUGAUGCCAACUCUACCCGUAUGUACCGCGUACGAGUACUGAACACUCUGCCUAAGGAUAUGCUUGACGUGAUGUAUAUAGACUAUGGAAGCGCUGGCCGUGUGCACGUUUGCAAUAUUCGUGAACUCCCCGGAGGGACAUGUCAGACAGCUCCUCCGUUGGCGAUGCGUUGUCGACUUGCAGAGAUUGCUCCGUCGGCCCUGUUGGACCCACACUCAGAUUGGUCACCCGCCGCCACGCAUCACUUCCAGACUCUCGCUAUGAAGGGACGACUGCUUGCAAAGGUGUAUUCAGUGGUGCAAGGAGUGGUGUCGAUAGAAUUACUAGCCGAAAACGGCCAGCUGAGCAUCAACCAGGAGUUGAUAAAACGGGGAUACGCAGUAGCUUGCGAAGAAAGCUACGAGUCCAAGUUAAAUCACGACGUGAGAGAAACAGCAACGGAACUGAACUUAGUCCAGAAGCGAGCACAUAAUAAAGAACAAUUGGAACUGGCAUACUAUCAGCUGCAAGAGGUUGAACCUCCCAACGCUCGAGAAUGCACCUCUGAUGUGUGCCUCAAAGGCCCCUACAGUCCUCUGGAAACAACUAUACACAAUUUAAUGUACUCAAGUCGAGAAAAGACAGUGCAAAUAGAAUGGAACUCUGUCAAUUCAGUGUUACUUGACACACAGCCUCAGGAAAAAUAUGAGCGGUUACUGGUUGCGGCAUAUGUAGGCUGUAGUGAAGAUAACUCGAAAUUAACUCUACGUCACACGACUAUGAUGCCGAACAUCCCUGGACUGCCUGCUAUCAUCGCAUUGCUCUUCUGUCCUCUCGCUGAGUUACGUCGCAACCCCACUGGUUCACGGUACGUGAGCGCGCUGUGUGGACUCGGCAGUACUGACACUGGCAUGCCGUACUUCCCCGAGCACGAUAUUCUCGUUGAUAUAGAUGCUGACCUCAGUGUUGACGAUAUUGGUCUUAUUAAUCACAUCCGUCACCUGAUGGACUACACUAUGUUCUGUGGUGAUGGGCAGGAUAUGCCGACUGCAGACGACCAAUUACGUCCGCAAAUACCCAAGCUCCUUCGCAAAGAUCUCAUGGAAUUAUUAUUAAAACGUCGUAAGCACCGCGAAACAGAAUGCGUACCUAACGCGUGGGAGUGGCGCUCAGUUCCCGAGAAUGAGUUCUUGGAGAUUUCCGUUCCGGAAAUGAUAGAGCGAUCUGUCGUGUACUCACUGCAUGUGCCGCAAGAGCUGUACCCGCUGUCAAGAGAAGCCUUGCUCGAGUUGAAGAGAGAGAAUGAUCAGCUCAAGUUACUUGUUAGCAGAACACCAAUAUCUUCGAGCGCUGAAAUGAUCUGCAAGCUCUGUAACACAAAGCCGAUGGCUCUGCCUGCGAUGCGCAUACAUCUCUACUCCAACGCGCACAGAGAGAAGGAGGAAGACUUCCGCGUGUUCCAAAGUUAA